AACAAUCGCAUCAUUUCAAACCUCCUCUACUAUCAAACUAACUACUUUGUCGUCUUUGGAGUGCUAUUUAUUUUACAGAGUUUCUUCAAUUCACAGAUUUGGAAUUUUGCUUUGCAGGACUUAGCACUUGGUUUGUCUGCUAUAGUAGUGGUUGCAGCUGUAGUCAGCUUUGCAAUUACGGAUAAUCCGACUUUUUAUCAGACUCGUCGCGAUCAUCCACUGAUAACUCUCGGUGCGAUAAUCCUAUCUUGUUACUUCUUCAUUCAAGUGUUACCAUCAGUACUCACGGUGCUCUUCAGCGUGCUACUCCCAUUAUUCAUAAUCCUUUGUCAUGCGUCGAUUCGCCUACGCGAUUUCAUGUCUAAGGUGACGCAAACCGCUGAAAAGUUUGGCAUGCGUACUACAGUGAUGGGACGUGUGUUGGAUACCUGUGGAAUUACGGUGAAGACGUAA